AUGGAGGUUGUAUGGACGUUUCAAAUGCGGAACUAUGGAUGUCUAGUAGAUGUUUACUGGAUGUUAUGUAGAUGUCUAAUGGAGGUUUCGAAUCUCCAUGAUGGAGGUCUAGUGGACGUCCAUUGGAGGUUUUUGUUCCAUGUGGGGAUGGGUGGCAAGCCUGCAGGACUUGCGCACAGCAAGUGGCGCGCAGUGAGCAUAGAUAUAACGAUUCACUUGUAUGAGAUAAGAUUAAAAUAUAUGGUAUUAAUCCAAAUUGUAAGUAAUUCCAAUCGUCUUGAGACCUUCCGUAACAUGGUGUCAGAAGUGCGGCACAAACGCUACUUCUCAAGCAAAUGCAACAAAGCCAGGCUCAGGAGUCAGAAAAAAAACGCCAAAUGCUUACGAUCCAUAGGAGUCGCCUUCACCGAAUUAAAAAACCAACUGCAGCAGAUUGAGACAGGCGGCCAAAGGGCUACGGAUUUACAUCUCGACCUCACGAAUACAUCUAAAGCCCAUAUAAUACAAAACAUACCAUGGCCUCAGCCUUUAGAAGUCGAUGUUGGAAAUAUCAAUGACAACUUCGACCUUUUUAAACAGAACUGGAACUCAUAUAUCGUCGCAUCGGGGAUCGAUAAAUGGGGACCGCAAGAAGAGGUACGCAAGAUAAAUAUACUUUUAUCUAUCAUAGGUGACAAAGCCAAAAAGAAGUUUUCCAACUUUUAUUUAACGGAAACAGAAAAGACUUCGGCCGAAAGAGUUCUCCAGUUAAUUAGUGAGCGAGUCAAAUCAGAUCGAAAUUUGUUGUAUGACAGAUAUAUGUUUCAUACGUGCAACCAACAAGAAGACGAGUCAUUUGACGAUUAUUUUAUCAGAUUGAAACAGAUUUUCGACGUUUGUGAGUACAAUCAAAACGUGACAGCCGACAAUAUUUUGAGAGAUCGCUUAGUUUUUGGUAUUCGCAAUAUGGAUUUAAAGAGAAAAUUUUUGAAAGAGGAUCUGACAAUUUUUACCUUAGAUAGAUUAAAACACACAUGCAGAGUAAAGGAGACGACGGAUCAGCAACUUCAAACGUUAGUUUCUGAAAACAAACCAGUUCACAUGAUAACAGAUAAGAAUAGAGCGAAGAAGGUUUGUAAAUUUUGCGCAAGGGUACACCUUUUUAAGAAAGAAUUGUGUCCCGCUUGGGGAAAAUCAUGCUCUAUUUGUAGCGGAAAAAAUCAUAUUUCCCAAGCAUGUAAGAAAAAUAAGAAGGCAAUUCAGCAGAAAGGUACAGUGGAGAAAACGAAGAAACCCCGAAGAGUCAAGAAAAUCGACAAGGAGACGCAAAGUGAAGAGGAAACAGAGGAGGAAGAGGACACACAGGUUUUCAAAAUAUCAAAAAUAAAUAAAAUUGAAGUAACCAAACGGAAAAGCCGUGCGGAAUUAAAUUUUAAGUUCGCAGGGAGAUGGAAAAGAAUCCUCUGUGAUUUAGAUACUUGUUCAGAAGCCAACGUUAUCGGAUUUAAAAGGUAUUGUAAAUUAGUGAGAACGUCGAAUCCAACACUCAGACCUUCAAAUGACCAAUUAAGAAGCUUUGGAGGUGAUCCUAUCAAGACAAUGGGUGAGGUAAUAGUUCCCUGUUUAUAUAAAAGGCGAAAGCACAUCAUAUUUCAAGUAGUUGACGUGGACCAUGGACCUUUAUUGUCCGAAAGAACAUGUUUAACCUUAGGUUUAGUAAAAUACUGUUUCAAGUUAAGCAAGACGAAAACAGAUCCAACACUUAUACAAGGCAGAUUGGAGGCGGAAAGGAUCAUCGCGAAACACAAAUCCAUAUUUGAAGGGUACAGCUUAAUCCCAGGAGAAGUAGAGUUAGAGGUCGACCCAAACAUACCAUCUGUAAUACAACGGGCACGGAGGAUUCCCAUUUGCGUGCGAAAGGAUUUAGAAAACGAGCUGGCGGUAUUAGAAAAAGAAAAUAUUAUCGUACGAGAAUCAGAACCGACAGACUGGGUACAUAAUAUUCUGCUGGUAAAAAAGAAUAAUAAUUCACUAAAGAUAUGCAUCGAUCCAGUGCCUUUGAAUACGGCCUUGAAACGCCCACACUUUCAAUUCACCACGUUGGACGAGAUUCUCCCUGAGAUUGGUCGAGCUCGUGUGUUUUCUACGGUGGAUACGAAGAAAGGAUUUUGGCAAAUCAAACUAUCGGAAAAGAGUAGUAAACUUAUUACUUUCUGGACACCAUUUGGUAGAUACAGAUGGGUGAGGUUACCAUUUGGUGUAUCUCCAGCACCGGAGAUUUUUGCACAGAAAAUGCAAGAAAUUACUCAGGGCCUUAAAGGCAUAGAGAUACUCGUUGACUAUAUUUUAGUAUACGGCUGCGGCGGAACUAUGGAAGAAGCUACGCGGGAUCACAAUAAAAAUUUAGAAGAGUUGGUGCUUAGAUUGGAAAAGAACGGUUGUAAACUUAAUACAAGCAAAUUAAAUUUGUGUCAGGACUCCGUAAAAUUUUUCGGCCCUCUGUUGACAAGCAAGGGUCUUUUGCCAGAUGACACGAAGGUUGAAGCAAUCAAAAAUAUGCCGGCACCGCAAGACAAAAAAGGCUUAUUACACACCUUGAGAAAAUUAACCAGAGAAGACACUCCGUGGGCAUGGACGUCGAUUGAGAACAACGAAUUUAGGAAAAUAAAAACCUUAGUGGCUAAUAUCCAUAGCCAACAAUAUUUUAAUCCACAACAACCUGUCACAAUAGAAUGCGAUGCAAGUGCAACGGGUCUUGGUGUGGUAGUCUACCAGCUGGAGCAAGUUGUUGGAUAUGCAUCGAGAACUCUCACACCGACAGAGAGAAACUACGCUCAAAUUGAGAAAGAGAUGCUAGCUAUCGUAUUUGGAUGUACCAGAUUUGACCAGAUAAUCGCAGCUCCAAAACGACUCCAACUCAUGUUGAUGACGCUUCAACGAUAUAAUCUGGAGGUACAAUUUGUUAAAGGAAAAGAGAAUGUAGUAGCUGACACUCUUUCAAGGGCGGCAUUAAAGAACGACAACACGAAUCAGAGCAGGGUAUACAACCGCAAUGUUUUUGAAAUCGGUAAAGAUGUCAAAGUCUGUCGAAUGAUAGAAAAAGCCAACGUACACGGAACUCUACGAAUUACACCGGAACGAGUCGACCAAAUUAGAGAAGCAACAUUAGGCGAUACUACUAUGCAGCGAUUGGUCUCGUACAUUGUAACAGGCUGGCCCAGAAACGACCAAAUUGUUAUACCUUUCGCGCUACGGAAGACUAUGAUCGAUAAGGUCCACGUGGCACAUUCCGGUGUGACAGCUACACUUAAUCUUGCUAGAGAGACGAUAUUUUGGCCCGGCAUGUCAGAACAAGUGAGGCAAAGAGUGCAGAACUGCAAUGUUUGUAUGGAGUUCAGAGACUCCCAACAAAAUCCUCCCAUGCAAUCACAUGAGAUUCCACAGUAUCCAUUUCAGUUUAUUUCGAUGGACGUAUUUUUCACGGAGUAUAAGGGUAAAAAGAGGAAAUUUCUUAUCACAGUCGAUCAUUAUUCGGAUUUCUUCGAGUUAGACAUCUUACCAGACAUAGUAUGUAGCGACAACGGCACAAACUUUGAAAACAAACUGAUGCGAAGUCUGGGACAGGAAUGGGGCUUCGAGUUUGUUACCUCAGCUCCAAAUCAUCAACAAGACAACGGGAAGGCAGAAGCAGCAGUAAAAAUCGCAAAAAAACUGGUAAGGAAAUCAGAACGAAGCGGACAAGACCUGUGGUACAUGGUGCUACAUUGGAGGAACACGCCCAACAAGAUAGGAUCCAGCCCGGUACAACGACUUUAUUCCAGACGAACUCGCUCCGGACUCCCGACCGCGAUCUGCAGUCUUCAACCCAGAAUCAUACAGGAAGUACCAGCAAGAAUAGAACACAAUAGACGGAAAAGCAAGUAUUAUUAUAAUAUGAAGUCAGCAAAUUUACCCGAACUAGAAGAAAUAGGCCAACCAGUGGCACUACAGUUACAUCCUGAUAAGAACAACUGGAGUAAGGGGACGGUGCACGACAAACUAAGUAAAAGAGACUACAUCGUAAAUGUAGACGGCGCGAGAAAUCUAGUCCACAUAAAACCAGCUCCUCCGGACGAACAUAAGAAAAUAAUUCCUUCAAACGAAUUGCCGUUGGAACACACACCCACUACAGACCUUAACUUAAGCGAUACAAUAUCCGAUAACAUAAUACACACGAAGGAAGGAUAUACCAAAUCGGAGAAGACCAAUAUAGAAAAGGAUAGUCAACAGUUGGAUCAACUCAACACCCAGCGACAGAAUAUACACCAGCAGAUAUCGUUGGAACCAGUAAAAAAGGACUACAAAUUAAUACUAGACCCACGAGAAUUCACAAAAUGCCAAAGAAUUUAG